AUGGCCCGAUCAGAAGGCCUCUUGAAAGGAAGAGUCCCAGUCACGUUAUGUAGUACGAAGUUCAAUCAACAGAGAAUCUGUUUUGAAGGUAGAGAAGCAGGAACCUUUAGAGGAGAGUGGAUCCCAGACGACUGGCGUAAGCACAAGUAUAUCUCUGGACUUUCAUUCUUUAAUUAAUAUACGGCAGUUGAGUACUGUACUUCCGAAGAUACGUACACUGGUGCUGAAGACAUCCUUCAGUGUCAGGCUCGCCUAAUUUGCCGCUGGGCAGAUGUAUGCUUUGAUUCUCAUACAAAAUGUGGGAAGGGUAGUGGAUUCCUUCCCACUCGUCUGAUUGACGUGGGAAUGUCAAAUAGCAUGAAAUUAUACCUCGUCAAAACUUCAGACGUUCUUAUUGAUGAUCGCCGGUAUUUAGCUCUGAGUCAUUGCUGGGGAUUGGCUAUGACAGACACAGCACGAACUCUUAAUGCGACUAUUGAGAAGAAGCAAAUCUCGAUUCAAGAAGACGAACUGACUCGUACGUUCCGAGACUUUAUCAAAAUUGCUUGAAAUCUUGGAGUUCAAUAUGUGUGGAUCGACAGCCUCUGUAUUAUCCAAGACGACGCUGCUGAUUGGGUGAAAGAAGCGAGUCAAAUGGCCUCCGCCUAUUCAAACUCAUACCUGACGAUUACGGCAUCGAGUUCGGCAGAUGGAAAUGGAGGUUGUACGGUUUGAGACUCAGAAAGGUCUCUGGGUCCAGUGGACGUAGACUGCGUCCCUGUGGAGGCGGACUUCAAACCAGCUACGACAAAGUAUAAAUUUCGCGUUUGGACUAGGAAUCCUUCGCCGACAACCUUCAGUAACGAUCCUUUACAGACCCGCGGGUGGACUCUGCAAGAACGUGAGCUCUCACCCCCAGUGGUGUAUUAUUGUAAAGAUACGAUCAGGUGGCAAUGUCGAUGCUUGCAUGCUUCUCUCGAAUUUCCGUGGGAUGACUCUCUAACCUUCAACGGCGAAUCGAACUUUUGACGAAGAGCAAACAGUAUUUCUUCCUAUGCCAGGAGUCAAUCGAUCGACCACGCGGCCUACAGACCCCAGAACAAAAAUCGCAUUGUCAUGGAUGAACCUCAUAGUCCAAUAUACCAACAGAAAUUUGACAAAACAUAGCGACAUUCUCCCUGCCAUCUCUGGUAUUGCUCGAACAAUAGCAGGAAAAACUUCAGGUCAGUAUUUGGCAGGCUUGUGGAGAUCAUAUUUCCAGCACUGUUUGCUUUGGAAGACCGAAAGGGGUAGUGAAAAUGGGUUGCAAACACACACAAAGCCAUUUCACAACACAGCACCGAGCUGGUCUUGGGCAUCGAUGAAAGGCAAAAUAUCCUGGCCAAUGGGUAACCAUUACUACUACAACCCAGAUCCUGACCCGGAAUUCAUACCGAAGAUACUGGAUAUCGCUAUAGAGCCUCUUGGGUCAGAUCCCUACGGCAUGCUCAAGGAAGGAAUUCUACAUAUUGAGGGGAAAGUGGCUGUGGCAUAUUCGGUCCCUGGUGAAGAAUUAAAGUCGCCUAUCACCCGAGAGGACGUAGGAUGGGUUUCUUAUGAUAUCCCACUUUGCUCUGACUGUGCUCCAGCUGGUCAACCAAGAAUCGUGUUCUUGAUGUGUUGUCUAAACGACAAGAAGAGCGAUGGCGAAGAAUUCUGGACUUAUGCAAUCGUGCUCCAACCGGUACUCGAUAAUACUGAAGGUAUUCCUGGAACCAUGCGAAGGAUGGGCUUGGCAUCACGGAUCAAGCCCGAAUUUUGGAAUAGCAAUACAACACUGAUGCAGUUGAAGAUCUGUUGA